UACCUAAUCACCAGCACAUUCAAAAGUAUCAAAGGGCUAGAACAGACAACCACUGGCACACUAACUCUGUUAAUGGCUGAGGGCAGCAGUGGUAACGCGGGUGCGGUUAAUCUGCCACCAGGUGACCCGCAACUCAUCGCCAUGAUUGUGGAGCAUUUGAAGAACAGAGGCCUCUUCGACGAGUUCCGUAGAGACUGUCUCGCAGACGUAGAUACAAAGCCAGCCUACCAAAACCUAAGACAGAAAGUUGACAACUUUGUCUCCACGCACCUAAGCACACAAGAUUGGAACCCUUCCAUUAACAAGAAUCAAGUGAGGAAUGGACUGAGACAAAGCGUCGUUCAGUCAGGCAUGCUGGAGUCUGGGGUGGACAGGAUAAUCACUCAGGUGGUGGACCCCAAGCUCAACCAUAUCUUCCGGCCACACAUAGAGAACGCCAUUCAUGACUUCCUAGACUCAGACAGGAAGGAAGAAAACCCGAUGAGCUCCGCCCUACCGCCAGAGCCAGAGCAGCCAGAGGCCCCGCCCCCAGCUGCUGGCCCCAAAACAUUAAAAAAUACAUCGGAAAUCCAACACUGCCUGGUCAGCUCAGGGGAGGAGAGAUGUGAGAUACGAGGUCUCCAGGACAUCUGCCUCACCUUCCUGCACAACACUGGAAAGUUUGACGCCCAGGGUAAGUCAUUCAUCAAGGAUGCCCUACGUUGUCUGGCGACAGGGCUUCGCCAGCGCCUCAGCUGUGUGAGCCGGUGGUGCCAGAUGCUGGAGGACAUGGUGUACCAGCUGCAGCGGGAGUGCUACGCCAAACACAACGUCUGUCUGGUCGUCACUGACAACCUCAGCGUCAUGGCUGACAUGAUCCACUUCCACCUGCUCUUCCCCAAAGGACCUCAUGUAGAGCUGGUCAACAUCCUGUUGGGAUGUGGCGAGGACUUGCAGGCCGCCAUCACCCGCCACGUCAUUGCCCAAUGUGAGCAGAACUGGGGCGCCUUGUGCACCAGCCUCAGUCUGUGCUCCCUCUGCCAAUUAGAUAGCUCGCAGCCCAUCACUGCCCCACCACCAAGCCAACAGGCUAGGAACAUGGUGCCCUCUAUUAGUCCAGUGGGCCUCCCUGUGCACCUCCCACUCCAGGAAGCCAGGACGGCCCUGCCACGACUCUCCAGCCUGGGCACAGAAUCUUCCCUGAGUCAGGUAGCCCUGGACAACUCAACGGAACCUAGUAUCUCUGUGGCCCAGGUGGAACCUACCACUGCCACCUAG